AUGGAGGACUACUAUGAGUGGGAGGUUGAUGAGAGAUUACGACAGAAGUACAACACUGGAGAGAUAUACACUUACCUCAAGGGUCAUCAUCCACAGGUCCCAUGGGCAAAGAUCAUUUGGUUUUCCUAUGGAAUCCCACGUCAUAGCUUUCUCAUGUGGCUCGUGUUACUCGAUCGCUUACUACCAUAUGGAGACAGAUUGCUACUCGAUGUCAGCUCCAACCUCUCUUCAAUUGGGAGGACACUGUUCUUCCAACUUCAGAUGCUCCCCAGUAAUCGAGAUUCUCUGCGCCUUACACUGCUAGCGAUUCAAGAUACCAUCUACUGGAUUCGGACUGAACGAAAUAAUCGUCUUAACCAACAAGCCUUCAAGCCGCUUGAAACGAUCAUCUCCACCAUCGAUAAGCAGAUUCGCAACCUCUACAAAGCUUCCAGCAAGCCAAUCCCAGAGCUUCUUCAGCGAUGGCACAACUCUGGUUUCUCUGACCAUGACUUCAAGCGGAGGAAACAAUGUUUUAGAUGA